GAACAAAAGACAAUCUAACAGGUAUAAUCCACUCAGUAACAUCCACGGAAUUCACAAAUUAAACAUCCAAGGGAACAAAAGAUAAUCCAACAGGUAUAAUCCACUCUGUAACAUCCACAGGAUAAAAUGGUGCCAGAAACCACCAAGAGAGUCCAAGUAGCAUAUAGACAAGACAAAAUACAACUAAACUGGACAACUAACAAGACACUGGAUAUAAAUAGAGUCCAUGGGAUGGGGUUGAUGUGAAGUAAAUAAUGAGUGUCAGGAGCGAAGGGUAAUCGAUGAUGUCAGAGGGGUGCAGUGGUUGAUGGGAAAUGUAGUUGAAGGGUUAAAAGUCUGGUGAUUAAGAACAAGGGUAGCGGGAAUAUAGCUCUGGUGCGGGGGGAAUGGUCAACGAAGACAGAGCAGAUGUUACAGAACCAUAGUAGCACGUAUAUUGCUAAGAUUGUAGUAUGUGUUUUUAUGUAUUCCUGCUAACAACAUUUGAAUGAGUGGCAACCUACUGUAUUAUAAUAUUACAUAAACCAACAGAAUUUUGAUUAGUUGCAUAAAGGUGUGCUUGGUUUACAUUCCAGGUCAUAGUAAAACGUUCUGUUUGUGCAGCCUAAAGUACAGCACAGACCUCUGACUAGAGAUAUGGCUGUGUUUUAUGAAGACUUGUAAGAGAAAGUUAUUAAAGGCACUUUAUCUUCUCUAUAUGCGAUUAUUUGAGCAAUACAAUCGACAUCCAGAUGAGUUUGUGGCAAUAAGCGUGCAUUAUGUAGUUGUUUGUAAAUCAUUGGUUUUAUCAGUGGAGACUUUGGCUCUGUGUGGGAUACUACAUUGCACUUUGGUCUUGUGACUCUUAAUGGCAGAUAACCUGAAGAAACGGGACUUCUUAGGGAGCAGAAAAACUUUUUUUGGAAAGUUGUCUCACGCAAAGUCUGUGAAGAGUAAGCAUGAUGUGGAGGGGGACGUUCAAAGCAGUGAGCCUGGUCCUACCUUGGACAGCAGAGCAGGAUGUGGCCGUGGCCCAAUGUCACACAGUUCUUCCCUCAGUCCGGACCAGUUUGACAGUUUGGUGUACGGCCACGGAAUCCAGCCAACAUCACAACGCCCUCAGCGGCCCAAACUACAACACUCCCAGUCGAUCCUUCGCAAACAGGCAGAGGAGGAGGCCAUCAAACGCUCACGGUCUCUCUCUGAAAGCUAUGAGCUCUCCACAGAUCUUCAGGACAAGAAGGUGGAAAUGCUUGAGCGGAAAUAUGGAGGCCGUUUCAUAACCCGCCACGCUGCUCGCACGAUUCAGACAGCUUUCCGCCAAUAUCAAAUGAACAAGAACUUUGAACGUCUCAGGAGUUCCAUGUCAGAGAAUCGCAUGUCCCGCAGGAUGCUUUUGACCAACAUGAGGAUGCAGUUUUCCUUUGAUGGACAUGAGAAAUCCCACAGCUCCUUUUUCGAAGGAAGGCAAAUGUCUCUCAUGGAUGAUAAAAGCCAUUUAGGAUCCGUGUUGCAAACUGGAGAGAAGAUUCCUGCCAUUUUGGAAGUCCCGGAAUGUCGAAGUGAUUUAACAGAGACGAUCACAGAGCUAGAGGACACAUUUUCGAGGCAGGUGAAGUCAUUGGCAGACUCCAUAGAUGAUGCACUAAACUGCCGUGGUCUGCAUGAAGAGGAGAUCCAGCCUGAGCGGGCAGUUUGUCAGGAGGACGAUGAGGUCCCUCACUCUGAUGACCGACACAAGUUGAAUGAGAUCUGCAAUGUGACGCUUUUCAUUGAUGAAGAGGAGAUUUCUCCACCUGUUCAGACCUCUGUAGAGCAUCCAUCCAACAUUGAAUCUGAGCAACUCACCCAGUCCAUCAAUUCUUUGCAAAAGUACUGGUCCAUGGACAACAAAGACGACAAGCUGGACGCGGACACUAGCUCCAGAAGUUCUCCAUCCCUCAGAUGCCAGGAGCCGCAGCUCUGCAUGAACCACUUACCGCUUCUGACCAUCGAGCCACCCAGCGACAGUUCAGCGGAAACGAGCGAUCGUUCAGAAUGCAGCUCAGUUAAGCAUCAGGAUAUUGAGGAACGGACAGUAGCAGAACAACGGGCCACUCCGAAGAGAAUCGCACAUGGACAUUCUCGAGAUCCGGAGCCCCUCAGACAUCGGCAGCUGGAGAGCCACUUGGCCACCAACGGCAGCCGUCAGAUCAAGUCAGAAUCAGACUUCUCUGAUGGGGACAAUGACAGUAUCAACAGCAACUCAAACUCUAAUGACACAAUAAACUCAUCCAGAGACAGUCUGAGAGAUCAGAGUCUGAACAAACAGACAUACCACAAAGACACCCGAAACAGCUGGGACUCUCCAGCAUUCAGCAGCGACUUCACUCGCAAGAGACAAUACCGCAUUGGGCUCAACCUUUUUAAUAGAAAGCCAGAGAAGGGCAUACAGUACCUGACAGAGAGAGGCUUUGUUCCCGACACACCUGUGGGCGUGGCCCAUUUUCUGCUACAGAGGAAAGGCUUGAGUCGACAGAUGAUUGGUGAAUUUCUUGGAAACAGACAGAAACAAUUCAACAGGGAUGUUCUGGACUGUGUGGUUGAUGAACUGGACUUCGCAGGAAUGGAGCUGGAUGAAGCUCUGCGCAAAUUCCAGGCCCAAAUCCGGGUUCAGGGGGAGGCGCAAAAGGUGGAGCGUCUAAUCGAGGCGUUUAGCCAGCGCUACUGCAUCUGUAACUCUGACGUGGUCCGUCAGUUUCGAAACCCUGAUACAAUUUUCAUUCUGGCGUUUGCCAUCAUCCUUCUCAACACAGACAUGUACAGCCCCAACGUCAAGCCGGAGCGCAAGAUGAAGCUGGAAGACUUCAUCAAGAAUCUACGAGGUGUUGAUGAUGGAGAGGACAUCCCUCGUGAAAUGCUGGUUGGGAUUUAUGAACGCAUCCAAAAGAAAGAGCUUAAGACCAAUGAGGACCAUGUGUCUCAGGUGCAGAAGGUGGAGAAACUCAUUGUGAGCAAGAAGACAAUGGGAUCGCUUCACCAUGGCCUUGGAUGUGUGCUGUCUCAGGCUCAUCGUAGGUUGGUGUGUUACUGCAGACUCUUUGAAGUUCCAGAUCCAAACAGGCUGCAAAAACUCGGACAGCACCAGCGGGAAAUCUUCCUGUUCAAUGACCUCCUAGUGGUUACCAAGAUCUUCCAGAAGAAGAAAAACUCAGUGACUUACAGUUUUAGACAGUCUUUCUCUCUUUACGGGAUGCAAGUGAUGCUCUUUGAAAACCAAUUCUAUCCACAUGGUGUCCGGCUCACUUCAGCUAUUCCAGGAGCUGACAUUAAAGUCCUGAUAAAUUUCAACGCUCCCAACUCUCAGGACCGCAAGAAAUUCACCAGUGACCUGCGAGAGUCCAUCGCUGAGGUCCAGGAAAUGGAGAAAUACCGGAUAGAGUCUGAACUGGAAAAGCAAAAGGGGCUGGUCAGACCCAGCAUGUCUCAGAGCAUGUCUGGCUUGAAGAAAGAGGCAGGAAAUGGGACCAUGAGCCGCACUAGUCUGGAUGACACCUAUGCCAUGGGGGAGGGGCUAAAGCGGAGCACGCUCAGUAGCUCCCUGCGUGACCUCUCUGAAGCAGGCGAGCGCGGGUGCCGCACCAGUGCAGGAUCUCUAGACAGCAAUAUGGAAGACUUCAUCAUUAGCUGUCCCACCCUGGACCAGAGACAACCCCUCGCCAAGGAUCACCUAUUUCCUGACACACACAGCGCUUCAAACUCCUCUUUCCUUAUCGGGUCACCUUUCAGCAACAGACAGGCCAAGGAUUCAGUCGUGGGCUGUACUCCAACGAUUCCUCGAGAACCCAGCCCCCCCAUCCUCAUCUUCCAAACGCCACAUCCAUUUAACCUGCACCACACUGCCCACCACUCGCAUCUGGGUCAUUUUCCCAAGAACCCUCAACCAUCCUGCCACUAUCCUCCAGCACUCAACUCACGCGGCCUGCAUCUCUUUAGACGGCGAUCUCACGCACCACACAACCCCCACUGGCCCCAGCACACAGUCCAGAACAGACAUCUGCAUGCGACCAGCAGACACUGCGGCAUCACCAUGCUGGUGUGAGCUCAUUUCUCACUUCACAGACAUGAUUGAACUGAGCCAGAAGCCCACCCAACACCCAGCCAAAACCCAGAGGAGCAACGCAUAAAAAAACGCAUCUCUCUUUAAUUUACUACAUGGCUUCAGGUAAAUGUCCUGUAAACAUCUCUGGUUCAUAUUUCAUCCCAGAAAUUAAAAAUCCACCCUUAACAUCCAUCAUUUUAGUCCUUUCUGUCACAGAACACAAGAGAUGUUGAUGCUGUUCACUAUGUGAUUUUUAAAAGGAGGAUUUUCUGUUCUAUUUUAUUUGUAUAGUAUUUUUGUUACAAAGAAAUAUUCACUUGAAGAAAAGGGUUUAUAUGAUCUGCAUUUUCCGAUCUUCAUAUGAACUGGAGAUUCAACGCUGGCUGGACAUUUUUACAAACACACUAUCUGUAUCUAUAAAUAAAUGUACUUAACGUCAUUGCCUCUGUGGACAAAAUACUUGGCACUGCUGUAAAUUUCAACACAACAUAUUUAGAGAAACUGCAGAAAUUAGCAUUGAAAAGAAACUUAGUCCAGUGGGAAAAGACACAAAAUCAUUCCCACUUUAAUGCACAAAACAACAACAAGAAAACAAUAUGUGUGCUUGGUUUUUAAAGGUGCAAAGGUUUUUAAAAGGCCUCCUUAAAUUCUCAUUACUUCCUAAUUUUCUUAAAGGAGUAGUUCACCAUCAAAAUGAAAAUUCAUUUACUCACCCUCUUGUCAUGUCAAACCUGUAUGAAUUUCAUUCUUCUGCAGGAAACAAAAUAAGCAAUGCAAGUGAAUUGGGGGCUGUUAGAACACAAAAUAAGUUAUUUUGAAGAAUGUGGUUGAGGAAGAAAGAAAGUCACACAGUUUGAAAUGACAAGAGGGCGAGUAAAUGAUGACAGAAUUUUCAUUUUGAAGGUGAACUACUUCUUUUAAAGUGAUCAAAACUAUUUUUGAUAAUUUCUACGUUGCUAACAAAUACAUCAAACUACACAGUCUACAAAUCUAAAUAAUAUUGUUUUCUUUGCAUUACUAUAUUGAGAAUUUUUUUGCAUCACAACAUCAGUCUAACAAUACAUUUCUAUGCAAAAUACAAUGACUUGGACUAUGGGGUGAAAUAUGAGCAGGGCAUAUAGCUGACAAGCUUCUUAUCCCUAACGAGAUCACAUUUAGCUCAAAUAAACAACAACAAAACUAGGGUUUGUUUGUAUUAGAACAUGCUUGUGGAGUAAAUGUGUUUUAAAGCGAAGUCUUAGAAAUCAUUAAUGAACGUGCCAAUGAUCAUUUCAUAUAUACUUAUCAGCUCUAUGCUCUGUGUGUAGUAUAUUAGUACAGUAGUGUUAUUGUAUCCAUUUUAGGCUUGAAGCGAUGUUAGAGAACACUGUAAAAAUGUAUUCAGAGAGUUUAAGAACAAAAUCUUGGUCAUUGAAAGUCAAGGUCAGAUGUGAAGAAGAAUGUUCCUAGAAAUGUAGAUCCUGGAGCACAUUUACCUGCUGGAACAUGUACAGUGUAAGGUCAUUUGAAAUUGCUACAUAUCACACUUUUAACCAGGAAAGACUUAGUUCAAGGACGUGAGAUGUUAAAAAUAUACUUGCAUGCCUUCAACUGGAACUUUUUCAGUGAAAACGAUGAAGUCAUAUUUGAUGUUUCUUUGGAGUUAUGCACAAAACUAAUGAGGGCCAGUGACUGAAUUAUUUUUCUAUGUAUUUAAGGAUUAUUUUCCUUCUAAAGUGCAAUAUGUUUGUCAUGAUACCAUUAUUUGAUCGUAGUGGCGAUCAACAUCGAACAAUUAUUUGACUCAUUGUUCCAUUUGACCUCAAAUUGAUUUAGGCUUUAACUGUGAUCUAUGUUUUUGGUGUUAAUUUAUUAUUGGAAAUAAAGCGGUAUGAUCAUGGCAAUGGAGUGCAAUCAUGUACAAAAAAAAACCUUUGAAAGGAUUUUCAGAGUUUGAGGUAAAUAUUCUGUCAUAUUAUGCAGGUAUCUUCACUCUUGAAAAAAAGGUGCUUCAAAAGUUUUUUUUCAGUGCCAUAGAAUAAACUUUUGGUUCCAUGAAGAAUCUUUAACAUCUGGAGAACCUUUCUGUUUCACAAAAGGUUCUUUGAGGCAAGAAAUAGAUCGUUAGAUUAUAGAAAAGGAAGAAAGAGAUGGUUCUUUAAAGACCUUUGACUGAAUGGUUCUUUGUGGAACUGAAAAUGGUUCUUGUAAGGCAUCGCUUUGAAGAACCUUUUAAGCACCUUUAUUUUUAAGACUGUGUAUGUUUAGAGUAAUGUAUAUUUUUAGCAAACUGUGACAGUUGACAAUGAUUAUUACAAAGUCACAUCCUGAACACAUACACGUGUGUAAGCUAAAGUGACAGAACAAUAAUAUCGAAUUGAAACUUUUGUAUCAUAAAUCUUAUCUUAUUAUAAUACAGAUCAUUUGUUGUUUGGUCUACAGACAUUUUUUGGUUCGCAAAGCACAGCCACAAUAAGCUAUUAGUACUGCAGUAUCAUUAGUAACAGAACCCAUUGGGUAUUUUUGGCAGGGACUAAAACUUUGAACCGAAGGAUGGCAUUUAAACAAUUGACAUCACCAAACACUCUUUCUCUUGUGGCUCAUAUGUUCAACCUGUCCCCUGCAACCACCUUCCAUAUCAAGAUAAUUUUUACCAUCCAAUCAAUCCCCGAUGGAUAAAAAUAGCCGGUUUCAUUCAGUCAUAUAUCUUAUUGUAGAAGUCAAAAGGGUUGUGAACACUUUCAGAAGAAAAUGCGAGUCAUUUCAGUCUGAUGUACUGAUGGCAGAUAAUCCCCAACAAUGCACUGAAGGUUCAGAUGUAUCUUUUUUCUUUUAGUUUUUCACACUCGUCUUGUCUUUUUCUGUGUCUUUUUCAGCAGCGUUAUAUGUAGUUCCGUAUUGCGUUGUGUGUUAUUGGAGUGCUGCAUGCCGAAUAUUCCACUCAUCCUUGUGAAAUAUGGAAGGAUCGUGUAGUGGACAUCUGUUCACAGGUUAAUAAAACCAGGGCUUGUAAAGACACAAUUAAGCAGUAAUAAACCAACCAGGGGUCCAAGUGGGGAUGACAUUCAUUGUGUAUGCAGUGUCCUUUCUGCAUAAUGUAUAAUGAGAUAUGUAUUUCUGUCCGUCCAGCAAUGAAAUAGACUUAAUCAUGUGUGUAUAAAUAUGUUUGUCUCCUCACUGGCUGCUAUACUUCUGUUCAACUGAAUGCAUCAAGAUAUCAAAGAAUAUUUUAGGACAGGGAAUUAUUUUAUUUGACCAGAGAAAACUGAAUGCUUUUCAUUUGUGAUAUUUUGUUUGUAAUGGAUCUCAGUGUCGAUGUACAGUAAAUGUAAAACUCCAAAUGUGAUGUUCAAAACACUCAAUAAAAUGUAUAUGACUA